GUCUUCGGCGAGGUUUUCAUCCGAAUGGACGACGGAGCGGCGUUGCAAGAAGUGCCCUAGUUGCCCCCUAGUAUUUAAUUCAGUCCAUUGAAAAGUCAAAACGUUGCAUCGAACAGGCCAGGACUACGGUGACAUUUCCAGUCACUCCCUAUCUGAGAACGAACGCAAAUUUACUGAGUCACUGUUUGGUAAGCAAGUUGAUACCGAAGCGUUGAUUUGUACUUUCAAUAAACGGGACAGAUUGUGCUUGUUGUUGAGUAGCUUUUAAAGUGCGAUUUUGAGCGAAUAUAAGAACAAAAAUAAAAAAAAAUACAUGAAGUUUGUUCGCGAGCAACUACCCUUCCGACGUAGCUGGAGGCGAGGAAAUCCUGAAAACAAAAGGAAAUCGUAAUAAAAUAUAUAACAAGCUGUGCCCCCACCCGUGACCGGGUGGAUGGUGGGUGAGAUUUGUUAUUGUUAUAGCGUGAAGCUGUUCGUGAUAACAACGUAUUGCCGAAAGCAACGGCCGUAGACUAUUGAAAUCCUGUCUAUACAGCUGCCUACAUAUCUUUGAAUCAUGGUCUUCCCGACAUCUAGCUCAUUCCGGGGGGUCAUUGCUCCCGGAACGGGAGGCCGAUGGGCUGUCGGGACACUCAUUCUGGUGCACCUAAUCGCAUACAAUGAAUCUGGUGGACCAGGAACUAUGAUUGGUGCAGGCAUAGCUGCUGCUUUUGCUAUUUUUUCCGGCAUAUGCAAAUCGAGCGUGAAGGCAAUUCAAAUUUACUACAUUCGAACUACACAUCGAACGGACUUCUUCUGCCUUUUUCUGGCCAAAUGGAUGGACAUUCUGGCACUGUUUUCCGCCUGUGCCGUUCUGGUGCGAACACUGAGUUCGUCGUUAGACGCAAUGACAGGUGGACUGGUGAGGAUGUACAUUCUAGGCAGGAACUCUCCCGCCAACGAACCAUGGCCGGAUGUGAUAGGAGUAGCCGUCAUCUUCCUCAUUAGUGCGAUGUUUAUGCUAGGACUAGAGAACACAAAAAUAUUUAGCCUCUUAAUGGUGUCCGGCGUGGCAGUUAUGGCAACUGUAAUCGGUGUCGUUACUGCUCUGAGGGGAAAUUUUCAGCAGUUUACGACUGAGCCAAUUCUACCCAAAGGAAUUGUUGGGCUCUUUUCCGGUGCUGCACUAUCUAGCUUCAGCUAUUCCAACGAUCUGUUAAGCGGCAAUUACUGCAAACGACUUAUGGGGUUUGGUGUUAUCAGUUUAGUACUCCUAUCGAAUGAACUAAUCGGUGCGUGUUUAGUAGCACUGAUUAGAUUUAGUGCGGACCGCGACUACGAAGCGGUACCCAUGCUUGCGAUCCUGGAAAACAAGGACUUCCACAAGGCCAUCCCGGCGACGGCGUGUCUACUGGUGCUGACCUGCUCGGGUGCACUGCUCGAACUGUUUCCGGAAAUGUACAAUCAUAUUGUCCAUUUGACCACAUCCGAAUGGAAGAUACUAGCCAAGCAAAUCGGGUACGAGAACAAGGACAGCGGCAGUCCAAUAUUGGCAGUUUUCACCGGUGGCAGCCUGUGCGCGAUGCUGGCGUUUGCCUGUCCGUUGGAAAAUUUGAUCUACAUUCUGGCGGCGUCUAAUGUGCUGGCAACGUUUUGUAGAGCUUUCUAUCUGAUGUAUGUUCCCUUCCGGCCGCAAUAUUUGGAGCAGCAAAAUGAAACCUCACUGGCCUACAGCCGUCUAAGUACAACUCCCAAACCUGCCUCUUCACAGUCGGCCAACAAUAAUAACAACAUCAAGUCCAAACAAUCGGUGUGGUUCUUCCGCAAGCCUUCGUCAGUUUCGCUUGCCCAUCACGUGCUCCCGAAAAAGCAUGCCAACAGCGAUGAUCACUCUCAGGAAGAACAGGAACGGGAAUGGCUCCUGCUGGGUGAGCCACCUUCCCCGAAAGCCCCGAACAGUCCGCCGAACGUGGAAUCUACCGUUCUCUCCGACCAGAUUUCCGACAUCGAGUGCAUCGCUCUGGCUAAACCGGAAAAUGGCGGCGAAAGCGACGAAGAUAGCUCAACCGACAUCGACGCGAUUGUUGACGAAUAUAGGCAGAAGGUUAAAGUUUCGACUGCCGGCCCGUUCGAUAACAAUACGUUGCGACUUCCGACGGCUCUGAGCUGGAAAUUUACCGUGUUGUUCAUAGCCGUGAUGGUGUGCGGAAGUAUACUAACCUCAAUCGGAUUGAUGAUGGGGGAAACUAAUACCCUAAUCGCUGGCGUAAACUUGGUGUUUAUCCCGUCCGCCAUUUUAAUGCUGUUUCCUAGAUACGACCAAGUGACUUCAACUUCGCCUGCCAUUUUGACCUGCACGGUUACAAUGUUUGGCUCGAUAGUGCUGUUUGCCGCCUCAUUUGCCAUGUCGUGGCCUGCCUUGUUGUUGUGGUUUUUGGCAGGUCUAUUCUUGUUCAUCCGAUGCGACACUUGGUGCUGCCUGUGUCUGGAGCGUCCAUCUUCCAGUCAGACGCUUAUUGCUAGUGUUUCCGGUACUCGCACCACUAUCCGGGUACCUCGACCACCAAAAGGAUCGAUUGUACCCUGUCGGAUUGUCGGCCACAGCUGACACUCGGAGGACAGCGAAGGUGACAGCGAAUGUUUCGGAGAAGAAGAUACAGUCGAAGAAUGGACCGACUGAUGGGUCUAAAAAGGGGUGGACUCUUUACCUUUCUAGUUGUACCCCAAGAUGUUCCAAAUUGUGAUCCUUUUUUGAUUCGAUAUAUAUCAUGUGAAAGGGAAAUUAAGAAUUGAUCAAACGGGCAGUUGAUGUUGCAUUGCAUUCCAAUCGAAAGAAGCGUUAAUGAAAGUGUGAUACGAAUAUGUUGAUGAUUACGUCCAAAUUGAUGAAAUUAGGUGUGAUUUCUAACAUAAAUGUCAAUUGAAAGUUAAAAUAGAUAAACUGUAUACCGAAAUAAAAGACAAAUGUAAGCGAAUUAAAUUAUAUAAGCAAUCAAAACAAGUAUUACACGCAAAAUAGUUGCGCAACUUUUGUGACGCCUUUUGCAACGAAUAAACUGGUAAACGAAAUGGGGACACUAAAGUUUCUAGCUCUAGAUUUCGUUCAUAUUUUAAAUAUUUCAGUUGAAAUAGUAGUGAAAAUAUUUACGGCAAAUGUCAGCUUUAGGGAAACGUUAUUUUUCUAGACAGAGAGAGCACUAUUUUUUGCUAGAACACACAGUUUAGGUAGCGAUGACAAACAGGCGGCCUUCAAGUAGCGAUUUUUUUCUCAAAAUCAGAACACAAUCGGAUUAGAGUGCAUAUUAGAGCAAAACCGACUUUUGGAACAUCAGGCAUAACAUUUUACAUUCGCAAACUAGCUGCUGCGAACAUGUUUACAUGUGUAAUAGUUCAAUUGAUUCUAGAGUGGGUGUUACUGAGAUAUACCAGGUUUAUUGAGUCUUCUAAAAGCAACAAAGUUGCGCAUUUCGAUUUACUGAAUUGAUGUGUUUUUGAAACAAAAAAUCUCUUUGUUAUAAAAAUGCUUAAUGCGUAGACUGGCCACGAUUUUGAAAUAUAUUAAAUAAGAUGGUUCAGUUCGCGAGUCACUGAGUGACGGUUAGUCAUCAGACUAUCGGCCUACAAGUACUCUUUCAUAAAAUUUCAAAAUCGUGUACAGUCUUCUAUUCUAUUGUUAUAUCAUAAAUGUUGGCUGUAAUUUUUCCCUUCACUAAUUAAUAUUAAAAUAUUGUUUAUAUUUUAAGCUUUCGAUUCGAUUGAAUAAAACAUUUCCAAAUUAA